AUGGCGAUUGGUACAAGUUUUGUUAUUACCAAAAAGGGCUUAAUGCAUGCCUCCGAGAGACAUGGCUUUGAAGGAGAAGGGUUUUCGUAUUUAAAGAGUCCCAUAUGGUGGGCUGGUGUGAUCACUUUGGGUUUGGGCGAGGUUGCUAAUUUUGCUGCGUAUGCCUUUGCGCCUGCAAUUCUCGUGACUCCGUUAGGCGCGCUGAGCGUGUUGAUCGGGGCAGUCCUCGGCUCCUAUUUUCUUAACGAACGACUUGGCACAUUGGGCAAGCUGGGCUGUGCCAUGUGCUUGCUCGGUUCCGUUGUCAUAGUGCUUCAUGCACCGCCCGACAAGGAAGUUACGACAAUCAACGAAAUCCUGGCGUAUGCGCUCCAUCCAGGGUUUUUGGUCUACUGCCUCGCGGUGGCCAUCUUUUCCACUGUCAUGAUCUACCGAGUUGCACCCAUCUACGGAAAAAGGAACCCCCUCAUCUACAUCUCGAUCUGCUCCACCGUCGGUUCCGUGUCAGUCAUGUCCGUCAAGGCCUUUGGUAUCGCGGUGAAGCUCACCCUCGGCGGCAAUAACCAAUUUACGACUGCGUCGACCUACGUGUUCAUGAUCGUUACGACCUUCUGCAUCUUGACGCAGAUGAAUUAUUUCAAUAAAGCUUUGAAUCAGUUUUCUACCUCGAUUGUCAACCCUCUCUACUAUGUGACCUUCACCACGGCAACCCUGUGUGCCUCUUUUAUUCUAUUCAGGGGCUUUAAUACUACGGACGCUGUAAACACCAUCUCUUUGCUUUGCGGUUUCUUGAUAAUCUUCUCCGGAGUCUACCUAUUGAACCUCUCCCGACAUGACCCAGAUGGGCGACACCUGCUGAACGGCAAGCUGGAUGACGAAGGAGUUCCCACGGAUGGAAUUGCAAGCUUCCAGACUCGUCGCUCCAUGCAAGCCCGCCGGAGCAACGAGCCUCAUCGCCGGAGCUCCUCGAGCAUCGCCUAUCUUAACGGACAUGGAGAUCGGGAAGGGCUCAUUCGAUCCUAUGACGUCGAACACCAAGCGUUCGGAUUGUCCGAAUUAGCUGAAGAGAGUGAUGGAGAACCUGGGCCUACGUACAAAAGAAGCGUUGAUAUAGAGCGCUCUUCACAGACACUAAAUAAGCAUGACGAGCGGUAG